AUGGAGGAACGGAGUGGUAUGGAGCGGCUGGGUGGGGUACUUGAAGGAAGGAAGUGGUAUGGAGCGGCUGGGUGGGGUACAUGGAGGAACGGAGUGGUAUGGAGCGGCUGGGUUGGGUACAUGGAGGAACGGAGUGGUAUGGAGCGGCUGGGUGGGGUACAUGGAGGAACGGAGUGGUAUGGAGCGGCUGGGUCGGGUACAUGGAGGAACGGAGUGGUAUGGAGCGGCUGGAUGUGGUACAUGGAGAAACGGAGUGGUAUUGAGCGGCUGGUUGGGGCAAUGGAGGAACGGAGUGGUACGGAACGGCUGGGUGGGGCAAUGGAGGAGCGGAGUGGUAUGGAGUGGCUGGGUGGGGCAAUGGAGGAACGAAGUGGUACGGAACGGCUGGGUGGAGCAAUGGAGGAGCGGAUUGGUACGGCGCGGCUGGGUGGGGCAAUGGAGGAACGGAGUGGUACGGAGCGGCUGGGUGGGGCAAUGGAGGAGCGGAGUGGUAUGGAGCGGCUAGGUGGGGCAAUGGAGGAACGAAGUGGUACGGAACGGCUGGGUGGGGCAAUGGAGGAACGAAGUGGCACGGAACGGCUGGGUGGGGCAAUGGAGGAGCGGAGUGGUAUGGAGCGGCUGGGUGGGGCAAUGGAGGAACGAAGUGGUACGGAACGGCUGGGUGGGGCAAUGGAGGAACGAAGUGGUACGGAACGGCUGGGUGGGGCAAUGGAGGAACGAAGUGGUACGGAACGGCUGGGUGGGGCAAUGGAGGAACGGAGUGGUACGGAACGGCUGGGUGGGGCAAUGGAGGAACGGAGUGGUACGGAGCGGCUUGGUGGAGCAAUGGAGGAACGAAGUGGUACGGAGCGGCUGGGAGGAACGGAGCUGCGCAGGGAGCAAUAA